GCACUGGGUUGGCACCAAUGAUUUAUAUAUAUACACUAGAUGACUGAUAGGCCCCCAUGCCUCCAUCUUGGCACUCCCACCGUUGUAAAAAAAUAUAUAUAUUUGGAAGCUAUAGAAAUGCAUUAAUUAAUGUAUACAUUAGUGUUUGCCACGUUUAUUCUAUUACAGAUACCGUAAUGCACUUUUAAAUUAUAUUAUGUGAGCUGAACAUAAAAAUAAAAUUUUCUUCCAAGUAUAAUUUUUUUGAGAUUUAAUGUUACUGUCCCCACUACAACAAACCAAAAAAUACUUGUCAUUUUGUUCUUCACAUUAAAUUGAAAGACUGUAGAAUUCCAUUCAUUCAUAUGGAGGACUGCUCCUACUGGGGAGUGCCAAUUUGCCCGACCGGUGGCUUCAUAGCCUCUCAAUGGCCAAAACAAUGCUUUAGCAAUCCAGGGUUUAUAUACAUUGUUGGUUGGCACUAGCUCAAGACAGAGGGGUACCAGUGAUGUAACUGACCUUACGCUAUAGAAUUCUUACGAAAGCGCGGUCCCUUUUUCAAGCAAAGUUGUUUCGCAACAUUAGCCAUGGUCCACACAAUCACAACGGAAAGCACAUUGAUCGCAUGUAUUCUCCGAGAUGAAUGCCUUUUUACACGUCCGAAGUUACUGCAGAGACUACGGUGGAACCAUGUCGGGAUUGGGGUCGGAUUCCUGGUGGAAGAAAACCAUCUAUAUCACCGGCGGUGCCCUCCUCGCUGCUGCUGCCUACCUAUUACACGAGCUGCUUGCCAUCAGGAAGGAGCAGGAGUUGGACUCUAAAGAUGCCAUCAUCCUUCACCAGUUCUCCAGGCCAAACACGGGGGUCCCCAGCCUCUCACCAUUCUGCCUCAAGAUGGAGACCUACCUACGCAUGGUGGACCUGCCCUACCAGAACUACUUUGAUGGGAAGCUCUCUCCGCAGGGCAAGAUGCCAUGGAUUGAGUAUAACAGGCAGCAGGUGUCGGGGUCAGAGUUCAUCAUUGACUUCCUGGAAGAGAAGCUGGGCGUCAACCUCAACAAUAACCUCAGUCCCCAGGAAAGGGCUGUGUCCCGGGCUGUCACCAAGAUGGUGGAGGAGCACCUCUACUGGACAAUAGCCUAUUGCCAGUGGGUAGACAACCUGGAGGAGACCCAGAAGAUGCUGUCAGUCACUGGUCCUCUCAGUGACAUGCUAAAGUGGAUCCUCGGCCACCUGAACAGCAGCAUGGUGCAAAGGGAGAUGUACGGCCAUGGCAUCGGACGCUUCUCCAAGGAGGAAGUCUACAAGCUGAUGGAGAAAGACAUGCGCACACUGGCCGAACUGCUCGGAGACAAGAAGUACUUCAUGGGGCCUAAGAUGUCGACAGUAGAUGCUGCUGUGUUUGGUCACCUGGCCCAGGCCAUGUGGACACUACCCGGCACACGUCCUGAACAGCUCAUCAAAGGCGAGCUCAUCAACCUGGCCAUGUUCUGUGAGCGCAUGCGGAGAAAGUUCUGGCCUGAGUGGUUCGUGGACAUAGAGGACGUGUACUAUGACGGAGCAGACACUGACAGCAGCGAGGGCUCUUCUACAGGCCUGAUGGACUUUGGCCUGUUCUCCCGGACAGACACCAUGGAGGAGAGUGAAGCCUCUGACAAACACACACACUCACACACUCACUCCCCCGAUACGGACCACUCGCUGUUCGACUCGGACGUGGGCACGGGCUCGGACAAUGGGCCGCAGCUCAAGUGUGACCCUCCUAGUCUUGACCGUCCUAAUCCUGCCCCUUCCAGUCCCAAACCUCCCAACCCUUGACCCAUCCUUAUCCAGGGAGGUGGGGUGGGUUUGCCUGAGGCAGUCAGACGGCCGGGAACUACAAACUAGUCGGGGCGCUGCUAUCUGGAUUGACAUCAAAGAGCUGCGGAACACAGAGGCACAGUUCUCGCUUCUGCUGCUGCCCCUCCCCCUCUUCCAGAGAUCUGUGCUCACACACGGAGGCGCAGUUAUAUUCCAUGAUGACUGAAAACUAUAUCCUAACAAUGUAAUAUCAGUGCGCUCAGACAAACUGUGCAUUUGUAUGCAGAGCGUAUAAAUCGAAACCCAUGUUACAUGUGUUACAAUGUGAUUUCCUCACCCAUCGUGAUUGUGACAUUGCCAAUAUGGCACUAUCACAGACAUUGCCUUAUUUGUGCCAGGUGUCCAAGGGUACAGGCUAGUGUAAGAUGUGAUGAGAGAGAUUGUUGGUUGAACCAGUUAGUGGUGUAUCUGUCCAUGGAAUACAGACAACAUGGCUGUUUCUUUAGAAAUGUAGCUGGUGAAAGAGAGACGAUGAUGAUGGUAGCAGAAACAUGAAAACACUGGAUUUUAGAGAAAACUGAGGUCAGUCAUUUGCUAUGACUUGGACACAUUGUAAAGAGUGAUAUAUAAAGAGUCUUUGACUUGGGUGGCUGCUCUAGUCUGUGUCUUACUAACGGUGGGCUUUUCUACCAGUAGUCCUAUGGUUUGUGGCUUGCUGCUGAGCAUCAGCCAUAAUCACUGGCCUUUCCAUCAACCCUGUGUCUAACUUCACUGUAGUAAAGGAGAUUGGGAUACGCAAAAGGAACUGGGGAUGUAACAUUCUUGUCGGAGUAGAGCCGACUCUUGUAUCUCACCACUAGAGGGUGCUGUAUCUAUACAUUCAUCCUGCUGUCUAUUUAGCUCUAUGGUCUCGAGUCCUGUCAGUUUCUGCCACUUGGAAUGUUAAAGGCCCAGUGAAGUCAACGUGAUAUUCCUGUGUUUUAUAUAUAUUUCCACACUAUGAGGUUGGAAUGAUAUUGUGAAAAUGAUGAUAAUGCCCUUUUAGUGUAAGCGCUGUUUGAAAAGACUGCCUGAAAUGUCAGUCUGUUUUGGUGGGAGGGAGUUUUGGCCUGCCUGGUGACAUCAGACCAAUAAGAAUAGACCAUUAAGAAAUAGAGUUCCAAAACUGUGCCAAUAACAGCUUAGUUUUCAGUUUUCCCCACCCAGACCACUCCCAGACAGUCCUAGCUACAUUUUUGCUUGAGAAUUUGCUCUCUGCUAAGAACCUGUUUUUCCUUCUUUUUGACCAUUUUCAUUGAAAACAGUCACAGUAAGGUACUUAAAUGUUACCCAGAAAUGAUUUGAUAUUGAGAUAAAAACAGCUGCAUUGUUUAAUGAAAUAAUAACAAUAAUACAAUGCAUUCGUUUUCACUUCAGUAUUAAGACCAGACUAAUACAGAAAGUUGCUGAAACAGAAUGGAAAGGCCCCUUUGUAGCAAGUAGUGUUAUCCCUUUACGUGUGUGUGUGUCUGUCUGUGUGUGUGUGUGUGUCCGUGUGUGUGUGUGUGUGUGUCCGUGUCUGAGAGAAAGAGACUGGAAAGAUGAUAGUGGGCUGUAAUAUGACUACAUUACCAGGUAUGAUAUAAGCCGUAGUGCACAGAAGUUAUGAAAAGAGGGGUUGAAUGUGAAUGCAGAUUGAUUUUGCUCUCUUUACUCAGUAACUCACAACUUAUUUGAAAACAGUGCCAGCACUUUGUUUUUAUUUGUGAUUGACUUAAGUUUGCAAUGUUUUAUCGUUUGUAUCUUUAUUGCUCUCAAGGAGAGAUGUUUUUUUUGCGUGUUGUUUAAAAUGAGCAAAACUAAUGCACCUAGGAUGCUGGGGAUUGUCGGGAUAAGAUGGUGAGGCCAAAUGGAUGGAAUGAGACAUGUACAUCAACGACACAGGUCACUGGAUGUCUGUGUCGUAGCUAGGCAUUCAAGUUGAAAUAUUGAUCAGUGUAUCAGGAUGACCUUGAGAGAAGAUCAUGUUUAUUCUCAAAGUUGCAAUGUCAAAGUAAAUAGUUGUUUGCAAAGGCACAUAGACAAAAGACCAAAUAAAAGAGUAAAUUGUCAAUCUGCUAGGAUUAUACUCACCCUACCUCCCAAUGAUGAAAGAUAACAUGACAAAACAAUGGGGACCAAGACACGGAUCUGUCUAAACCUUUUCUCAACUGUCUUUUAAAUAGACUUUUUGUGUCUGUAAUUGAGCAAAUAUCUUUGAGGGUGUUUGAUUGAAUUGCAUUGUCUUAUUGUUGAAAUUAAAAACAUUUUAGAAGCAUGAGCAGACCAGACCUGCAAUGAGACAACAGCAGAGGAGGCGGUAUCAUAUGGGGCAGAGCUGCCUCCAGAACAUGAUUCAUCCCAAAAAAAGUCAACCUGAGUUAUAUUAUGGGAUGUGUUUUUACCAUGCUCCAUAUGGAUAACUCAUUAUAUCAGUGUGACUACUUUCUCAAGCUAUAUUAGAACAGUGUAUGUCCUGUUAGUGGAAACAUUACAUUACGGGGAAAUGUACAUAAGUGUGAUAAACUCAUGAAUCCACUGUAACGUACUGACAAACUACCUAUGGAUGUCCAAUUAUGAUAACCCAAAGUUGAGGUGGCUGUAUGACAAUGAUUACUCUCAAUGAUUUCAUUAAACAAUAGCUGUGACAAUUUAAAAAAUGA